AUGAUAAAGAGAGAAGAAAUAAAAGGAAGGAUAAGAUAUGAAGAAAGAGAGAAAAUAGAAAUAAAUAAGAAUGAAGAAUAUAAAUCUAUAAGAAGAAAUGAAAAGAAAGAAGAAGAAAAGUAUAAAAUAAUAGAAACAGAAGGAAAUGUUGGACGAGCAAUGAAGAUGACAAUAACACUUAAAGAAAUUUAUAUUGAAAGUGGAAAAAUAAUCAUUCAAGAAGUUACUAAUAUAUUAAAUAAAAAAGAAGAAAUAAAAGAAAAAUAUAUUGAUAUAAUGGUAAAUCUAUUAUUUUAUAUUCCAAUGAGAAAUGAAUAUUUAGAUCAACUCAUUAAUGGAAUAGAUAAAAUAAUAAUAAGAGAAAAUAUAGAUUAUUUGAAAAUAAAAAUAUUUUCAUUUCCUUUAAUUAGAAAUAUCAUAAAAAUGAUGAAUGAUAAAGAAAAGACAAUUAGAGAGAAAUGUUAUAAAUAUUAUAAAAGAAUACUUGAAAUAGAUUAUAAAUAUCAUAAAACACUUUCAAAUACAACAUAUUAUUCAAUUACAGCAAUUACAGAACUUCAAUUAAAAGAAAGUAUAAUGUUAGAAGAAACAUUAGAAGCAGAAAUAAAGAAUAAAGAAGAAAAGAGUUUAUUUAAAAAUGAUAUAAAUAAAGUUAUCUUUCAAAUUAAAGAAAUUUUAAAUGUUUCACAUGAAUUAAUUAAAAUGGACAAAUAUAAAACAGAUAUGAAUCUUAUUCAAGAAAAAUAUAUUGAAAUUUCAAAGAAAUAUCAAAAGUAUCCAAGAUUAUAUUAUACAUGGAUUGAUAAAGUUGUUCAAACACAAGAAAAAAGUGGGAAUUAUAUUGAAGCAGGAAUUGGAAUGAAUAAAAUAAUUGAAAUAAUAUGGUAUUGUAUUAAACCAAUAAAAGAAGAAACAAUUAAAAUAAAUAAAAUACCAUUUUAUACAAAAAUAGAAGAAAAAGAAAUUAAAAUUAAAGAAAAUGAUAGAGAAUAUCCAUUUAAUGAAAAUGGAAUUGAAAGAAGUAUAAAUAAAAGUAUUGAAUAUUUUACAAAAGGAAAGAUGUAUGAUUAUAGUAUAAAAAUGAAUGAAAUAUUAAUUGAAUAUUAUAAAUAUAAAGAAGAAAUGAAUAAAGUUUCAGAAUGUUAUUUGAAAAUGGGAGAAUUAUAUAAAAUGAAAAAUGAUAAAAGUCUCAUGUAUAUUGGAGAAUAUUAUUUUGUAAAAUUUAUAGGAAAAGAAUGGGGUGAAUUAGAAAACAAAGAAUAUAUCUAUCGAUCAGAAUUACGAAUUGGAGAAGCAAUUACACAAAUGACAAAAUCACUUG